CACCACUCUUCGUCAUUAAGAUGCAGUUGCCAGCUGGCAGUACUAUCCGGUUCCAAGUCCUAUCAUCCCUUUCUGGACACUCUCAUCGUUCUUUUUAACCUGGGUAGGCACAGAACUGCGUGGAUCCCUUUUAGAGGGUGGAAUCGCACGCAACGAUUCUUCGACUUAUCCGAUUUUUGCACGCCAGUCAUCCUGCCAUAUGCACGGGAUCUCUCGGAAGAACAACGGACGGUGGCAUUCCAUUUUGACAGCAGAAAAUCCGUGUCUGCUGUUUGUGAUCCGAUCCGUGGUGUGAUGGCAUUAAGGUCACAUAAUGAUGCACCAUACCUGGAAUGAGGGUUGUGGGGGUAAGGUAUAAAUGCCCACCAAUGGCAGAUUCGUCAUUGAUAUCACCUCCGGUGAUUCAUCAUGGUAUCUUUCAUGCUCUUGAGUAUUGUCACUGUCUUAGUAGCCAUCGGCGGGGUGUGGUCUAUGCCUCUUAUGCCUCUUAUGAAUGCGACGAUUUCGGCUCGUGCAACGCCUGCAGCCCCUCACUUCGUCAUUUACAGCGACAAGUGGGUCCCCGGGGAGACUGGUCCUCCACCCGUCAGUAGUAUCACAGGGUAUAACGUCUUUGCCCUCUCGUUCUGGCUUGUCUCCGGCCCGGCUGAUCAAGCUGAAGAGUGGACAUUGCUUGACGAAACCACACGAGCAUCUAUCAAGACAUCAUACAAUAAUGCCGGAAUUUCUCUCAUUGUAUCCGCUUUCGGCUCCACGGAUGUCCCUACCACUGAGGGAUGUGAUCCUACGACGAUCGCUAAUAAGCUCGCAGACUAUGUGUUGGAAUAUGAUCUUGACGGUGUCGAUGUUGACUACGAAGAUUUAUAUGCCAUGGAUGCUGAGAAUGGAUCUGCAGAAAUCUGGCUGGUCGCUUUUACCAUAGCCCUUCGUGAAAGGCUUCCGCAAGGUCAAUACAUUUUAACCCACGCACCUGUCGCUCCAUGGUUCUCCACAAGAUACGCCAGCGGUGCUUAUUUGAUGGUCCAUGAGAAUGUCGGAUUGUUAAUUGAUUGGUACAAUGUUCAGUUCUACAAUCAGGGCACGUCUGAGUACACAACGUGUGAUGGCCUCAUUACGACAUCAUCUUCAAUGUGGCCAAACACUGCACUCUUCCAGAUAGCAGCAGGAGGAAUACCUUUAGACAAGCUGGUGAUCGGCAAGCCAGCCACCAGUAUAGAUGCGAGCAAUGGCUACAUGAGUACCUCCCUACUCGCCCAGUGUUUGGACACCGCCGUUCAACAAGGAUGGUAUGCUGGCGUCAUGGUGUGCCAGUUUCCUGACGCUAUAGCGACCUGGAUUACUGCGGUGCGCUCACUCGCAUUCCCGUAAUAAAAAGAGCCUGUGGCCCCUUUUUUAUCGGUGUUAUUUAUGACUUCUGCGGGCCGGAAGUGUUCUAAGGGAAGGGAAGUACGAUCUUGAACUUAAUUCUACUGUGUAGGUAGUUCAGAGCAACCCAACUUAUUUAUGUAUUCUAGAUGCGUAGAACGCAUACGGCUCAAACAUGAAAUUAGCACGAU